CGGAGCAUAACCGCUUAACUCCCUCCCAUUCUCUCUCUUCUUUCUCUCUCUUUUUCACAUGCCAUUCUCCUCGCUCAGUGAGCUCCUUCUCUGAAUAAUAAUUGCGUGGCACACAAGUCAGUCAGUGACUGUCUCAGUUUUUUCUCUCUUCUUUCUCUCUCCCCCCUCUCUCUCUCUCUGUAAUAAUGGUGAUGCUUCAAAACCCUAACAGUGGCGGAACACGGUCUCCGGGGUCAGAAGAAGACCCCGUGCCUCUCGCCAUUACCAAUGGAGGAUCGAUUUCAACCGACAACGAUCCGCAGCGUUUCAGCGACGAUUUCGAUUCCACAUGCUCCACUCCGUACGUCAGUGCGCCGUCCAGCCCCGGCCGCGGCGGCUCAGCUUCCGGCUACUUCUUCAGCGCGCCGGCGAGUCCCAUGCACUUCGUGCUGUCCUCGGCUCCGUCCUCCGCCGCUGCGUACUCGUAUUCGUCAGAAGCGCCUUCGUCGUCUGAGUUCGAGUUCUCGUCUCGGUUCUCUCCCAACGGUUCUUCGGCCGCUGGAUCGAUGAGCUCCGCGGAUGAGCUGUUUCUGAACGGUCAGAUCAGGCCGAUGAAGCUCUCGUCGCACUUGCAGAGACCUCAGAUCUUGGCUCCGUUGAUAGAUCUAGACGCUGAGGAGGACGACGAGUCGGAGCUGCAAAAACGGGAAGAGAUCAUCAUGUCGCUGAAUAGAGGUAGAGAUCUGAAACUACGAAGUCGAUCUCUGCACAGGAAAGCCAGAUCUCUCUCGCCUCUGAGGAAGUCGGAGAUUCAGUGGCUUGCGGAAGAUGAUGAAGAAGAAGAAGAUUGCGCUGGUCCAAAAUCUAAAGACGGCACGGACAAGCGCAUUCUGGAUUUGCAAAGCGAGGCGGUUUCGACUGAAACCACGCCGUCUUGUUCGACCUCGUCUUCCAGGUCGUCGUCCACGGGAAGAAAUUCGAAGAAGUGGAUAUUCCUCAAGGACCUGCUUUACAGGAGCAAAAGCGAAGGAAGAGGAAACGGCAAGGAGAAGUUCUGGUCCUCGAUCUCGUUCUCUCCCUCUAAAGACAAAGAGAAGCUCUCUCAAGAUUCUCUGCAAAAUCAGGAUCAGAAAAACCCGAGCGUGGUGAAGAAGAACAAGAAGCAGAGCAAGCAAGGCUCGGCCAAGAAAAGCGGGGUUUCUGGAAGGCCGACGAACGGCGUGGUGAAACGGAGGGUCCCACCGUCGCCGCAUGAGUUGCACUACACGGCGAACAGGGCUCAGGCCGAGGAGAUGAAGAAGAAGACGUUUUUGCCGUACAGGCAAGGACUGCUUGGCUGCUUGGGGUUCAGUUCCAAAGGAUACGGUGCGCUUAACGGCCUCACCAGGGCCUUGAAUCCCGUCUCUUCCAGGUAGACAACAAAGAAAAGGAUAGUUCAAGUCCAAAGGAUAGUUCAAGUUCAACUUUUCAUAACAUAUCUCCGGCUUUUUUGUAUAUCUUUUUUUUUUGGAUUAAUUAUAGUAUAACAUCUGUAUGUAUCUAUUUAUGUUCUCAAGUUAAGAUUAUGAUUAUGUACAGGGGAUUAAUAUGUAUCACUGCUCUGUGAUUGAUGAGAAUUUCUGGGCUAAGUAUUUCCCUGAUUCUCUAUUUUCUUU